AUGCCGGCCCAUCCGAAUAGCAGGCCGGAACGUAUUUGCCCGUGGUGCUCGCAGUCCUUCACCAAGGAGGAUCACUUGGCUCGACAUAUCAGACGUCAUACCCGAGAAAGGCCAUUCUCAUCAGGGCCCCAGAAAUCUUCUACUACUGCAGACUCUGUAGGAAAUGAAAGGGCUCAGGCUCCCGUCCCGGCGACAGGGUCAAAGUUCAACACAACAGGAGCUUCCUUUGCACAUGCAAACCAUCCAACAGAUUAUGGACUUGGCUCACCGUCCGCCGGUUCUACAGCCACGGCAAACUUUACCAGCCCAGUGCCUCACGAUCCGUCUCUACCCGUGGAUCCAGCCACGGGCCAACCUGACUGGGCGGAGAUGCAGCCUAGCUGUCUGUCGGACUGGUCAGUAGGCUGGACCGCGCAACCUUCAGCAUGGUUAGCCGAUGAUAAUUUCGACCUGGGGGCAUUUAAUGCCGCGAUCAUCACGUCCACUACGCAAUCCAUUGUCGAGCCACCUCCCUCAUUCUUGGAGGCCCCGCUAUUAACUCCGCUGUCGGCAGGUGUCGUCGAACCGGUCCCUGAGCAACCGGAAGAUAUCGUUCGACGGCACUGGUUUACCUUUCUGGAGGGCAGUGGGACUGGCUACGACACCCCUGGGGGUAACCCGGAUCGGGCCCACAUUGAUGACGCUGAUCGAGAGAAUCUCGCCCAACGCCUUCAGCAGCGCAUCACGACAGAGCCAUUGCCGUCAACAGACUUUCUGAUCUUCGGCAUGUUAACGGGGACAUUUCAUGGCACAGUCAUCACCUGGGCGAAAAGACAGAACUUAUUCUCUAGUCGUCGCGCCAUCGACCAGAUCAACAUCGAAGAUGUAUAUCGCGCCCCGGAGCAAACAUGGCGAGCCUGGUCCCAAGCCGAAGAGCAGAUCAGGCUCUGGGCCGCCGUCUUCAUCCUAGAUGCCGAGCUCUCCGAGCUAUUGCUCACCGAUCCUCUCGUACGACGUUCACCGUUGGACGUAGUAUCCGAGGACAAUCUUUGGACGGCCCCGACUGCGGAAGCCUGGGCCAGCGCGGUGCGAUGUCAGAUCGAACAGCAACAGCAAUCAGGGAUACCCACUAACCCAUCACCCCCGGGCCUGAUGGGGUUCCGGUCAUACGUCGAGCUAGAAAGUUUGAUCUGGGCCAUUAGUGACUCCAACUUCCAGGAGCAAGCAAAGGAUGCAGACUUGCAAGUAAAGUUCGAACGAGCACUGAUCAGUUUCCACGACCGCUAUCUCCGACCCCUAAAGUCCUCCUCCCAACUACAAAGAGACAUCUUCUGCCUCCAGGCUCUCUGGCACUCCGGCUUCCUCAGUCUCCAUGCUAAUAUCGACCGCCUAGAGUGUGCCAUCGGCCGUGAAGGCUACACCGAAGCCCAACCCCACAAGAAAUACGCCACCGAAUGGGCCAACUCCCCAGCCGGCACGCGAUGUGCCGUCCACGCUAUCUUAAUCCUCCAUCUACUAGAGACAUUACCAUUAGGAAUCGAGCCCGCCAUCCAUGUCCCCCGAGUCCUAUUCAGAGCAACCAUCGUCUGGUACAGCUUUCUGAAAUUCGGCAGCAGCAGCAGCGGCGACACCACCACAAACGAGCCAAGGGUCCUCGAUGUUAAUCUCCAUCAUCAUAAUUUCGAAGAGCUGAAGUGCACCACCGUGAAUCCAGCGAAACUUCUCCUCGAGUCACAGGAUUUUCAAAAUAAUAAACCACUUCCGUCAAGGACGACGACUGCGUGUCGGUAUGUGGAUCUACUCAAACGGAUUGGUCAUUGGGGGUUGGCGCAGCAGCUUGGGACGAUUGCUGUCGUGUUGCUGCAUGGGGAUUUGGAGGGGGGGCAUAAUAAGCCGGUGGCAGCUUUUGUAUCUUGA